ACCGUUUUAUGCAGUUGCUCAAGGCUUUUGUUAUUUUUGUUAUAUAUUUUAUAGGAAAUUAGGUUUUGUUUCUAUUUAAAAAAAUGUUAUCUUUUCGUAUCCCAUCUCUCGGAAGCAACCCGACGGCGUUCGCAGCUAAGAUAACAGACACGACAAAGACCGUGGCGCAACUCAAGUCAGCCGCGACGCCCACGCCUCACAGCACAAUCACGUGCGGCUACCAAGCUCACGUGGCGGGAUUCUUCCGAAACGUGACCGUUCUAUGGUCCAAGAAUCUCAUGAACCAUUCCCUCACCGUCAUGAUCUCGAGUUUGGACAAGGACAUGAACUACUCCUGCAAGAUCGACCUCGUGAAGCCGUGGCAGUUCUGGAGCAAACGAGGGUCAAAAUCAUUCGACGUAGAAGGAACCUUCGUGGAGGUUUUCUGGGAUCUGAGGGCGGCGAAGUUGUCGGGAAACGGUAGCCCCGAGCCGGUGUCGGAAUAUUACGUGGCGGUUGUGUCGGAUGAAGAGAUUGUUUUGUUGCUGGGAGAUUUAAAACAUAAAGCGUACAAGAGGACGAAGUCAAGACCCGCGUUGGUGGAUGGGUUUAUAUAUUUCAAGAAAGAAAGCGUGUUUGGGAAGAAAACGUUUUCGACUAGGGCAAGAUUCGACGAGCAGAGGAAGGAGCAUGAGGUUGUGGUUGUGAUGGAGGAGAAAGAUCCGGAGAUGCGGAUAAGCGUGGACGGGGUCGUGGUCGUGCACGUGAAGAAUCUGCAGUGGAAGUUUAGGGGGAACCAGAUGGUGUUGGUGGAUAAGACUCCGGUGAUGGUGUACUACGAUGUGCAUGAUUGGUUGUUUGGAAGCUCAGAGUCGACGACGUCGUCGAGGUCAGGGUUGUUUUUGUUUAAGCCUCUGGUGGUUGGAGCCAUGGUGGAUGAGUUCUUUAGUGAUGCGGAGGAAGGAGGAGAUAGUGGUGGAGGGAGUAGUCCUUUGAGUCGGUAUAACUCGGCGUCGAAUGGUUAUGGGACGUUGCAUGAGUUUUGUUUGGUUCUUUAUGCUUGGAAACUUGAGUGAGAUAAUGUUAACACC